AUGCCAAAAGUGGAAGACCUUAUGGGAAGAAGCGUGAGCAUAAACAGUGGCCCCAAUGAAAUUGAAACCUCAAAGAAGAAAAACCAGUUGGUGAGACUGAUGUUGAAGUUUGCCAUUUCGGUCAUGAUGCAGGGUGAGCCAAACAUAGACCUCCUUUUGACCGACAGUGAUAGCUAUAAUGGAAUAUCAAGCGAAAAAAGAAAGAGAAGAGGUCACUUCAUAGACUGUUUUUUCAAUGAAACUUUGUUCUCCAGUUCGCAACCUCAGACAAAUGAUACUGAAAUGUCAACAUUGCAGGUCAAGAGUAAUGAGAAUAAAAGCUCCACACGCAAAAAAAAGCAAACACUUUCUCUACGACAGAUUGCGAUAAAUUUUCAUCUACUUUCGAAGAGACUGCAUGUUAUAACAAGCUUUAUGCAGAAUGCAGCGGGCGUAGUGAACUGGGAAAGAAAUGAUAAAACUUUGGCAAUUCUUUUACUAUACACAUGGGCUUGCAUUCAUCCUCAUUUCUUCCUAAUAUACCCAAUAAUACUGCUCAUUUAUUACAUUUCUGGGAAAUACUUGACCAAACACCCUGUGGUGGAAAAGCCCAGCAUGUAUGUAAUGAAUGAAGAAUAUUCCAACCACUGGGACAAUGGAUUAGGGCCUCGUUUGAAAAACACUAGGGCCAAUUCGGUUCAUGGAAUAUUUGGAUUUUUAUGGGAAGUAGACGACAAAAAAAAUAAGGAUAGUGAACUUAGACAGUCGUAUGGUACACAAGUAUUAGGUAAUGGACGGCCUUUUUCAGCAACAAUGUCAGGUGAUGAAGAUGAACUAGAUUUUCAAACAGUUGACGAUAUGCUAACCUUUAUUGAGGAGGCAGUUGCUAAUGAAAAUAAUGAACCACAUUUAUUAUUACGUAGACAACUGAAGAAAAAGUCUCUGGUAGAUGAUGCGACAAAGGUAAAUGUUGAAAUUGAACCAAAAGGUGGACAGAUUUUUUACCGAAAUUUUAUUAUGAAAACGUUAUUUGACAUUCAAAUACAGACCACGCAAAUAUUAGAUCAUUUUGACAAUAUUCAAUUGGCAGUUGCUGAGAACUGUGAAUUUAUUGAUGAGAAAGAAUCCACGCUUCUCCUCUUCAAGUUGUUUUUGAUCGUGAGUAUAGGAUGUAUUUUAGGUUCUUAUAUUCCUUGGAAAACUAUAUUUAUAGCUUCUGUAUGGGUGGGAAUCUGUAUGAACCACCCAAAAAGGAAGGUGUUAAUUGACAAGAUAAUGGGACCAACAACAGAAUUUGACAAUAUUAAUCAAAACGGAGAAAAGGGCUCCGACCAUGAUACCAACGAAGCCCAGGUGGGUUUAUUCUCGGUUGAUAACGUGGUAAUCAAUGAGCCUGUAUUUGCCAGAGAAGUUCAAAUUUUCGAGUUACAACAGCAAGAUAUUAUGAAUCCAAAUGACUACGUGCCGUUGGGAUUUACAACAUGUGUGUUUUGUAUCAGUGAAGAUAUACGUUUACAACGAAGGAAACCAGCUUGUGCCAACGAUAUCGGUGAUGUGAUUCCCCCUUUGAAGCAUGAAAAAGAUGAGGCUUACUCUGGCAAUCAAAUAAACAAGGAAAACCGAGGCAAUGAUAAAUUUCGCUAUGAUAACCGGAAAAAAAAGAGUGUUUUAUACUGGGACUACAUCAGCGGAGAAACUUGGCGGUUAUCGGAUACCAAAUGGGUCAACAAUGUGAGAAGUUCACAAGAAUUGUACGUUAGGCCUUGUGAGGACGAGGGGUGGGUUUACGAUAUCACUGGAGAGUUUCGAAGAAGACGUUGGGUACGUCGCAUAUUCCAGCAUGUGUAA